ACAGGCCGCUAGCUGCUCGCGCAUGAGGCGGAAGUGACGAUGUAGUUGAGGCGCCGGGACCGCGGGUGACGUCAACAUGGCGGCCGUCAGCUGGAAGCCGUUCGUGUACGGAGGCCUGGCGUCCAUCACGGCCGAGUUCGGCACUUUUCCAAUAGACCUGACAAAAACCCGACUGCAGGUCCAGGGCCAAACACUUGAUUUGCGCUAUAAGGAGAUUAAAUACCGAGGAAUGCUGCAUGCUCUACUUCGAAUAUGUAAAGAGGAAGGAUUGAGGGCUCUGUAUUCUGGCAUUAGCCCAGCUCUGUUGCGGCAAGCAUCCUACGGAACCAUCAAAAUCGGAACAUACCAAAGUUUGAAACGCUUGUUUGUCAGCUGCCCAGAAGAUGAAGCCCUGCUUGUAAAUGUUGGCUGUGGAAUUCUUGCUGGAGUAGUUUCAUCCUCGAUUGCGAACCCUACAGAUGUCCUAAAGAUUCGGAUGCAAGCUCAAAGUGGGCUUUGUCAGGGAAGCAUGAUUGGUAAUUUUAUUAAUAUCUACCAGCAAGAAGGUACCAGAGGCUUGUGGAGAGGAGUCAGCCUGACAGCUCAGCGAGCUGCCAUUGUCGUGGGGGUGGAGCUACCCAUCUACGAUGUGACGAAAAAAUAUCUCAUUUUGUCUGGCCUUAUGGGAGACACAGUUUACACGCACUUUCUCUCGAGCUUCACCUGUGGUUUGGCUGGUGCCUUGGCAUCCAAUCCCGUUGAUGUAGUACGCACUCGCAAGAUGAACCAGAGCGUGGCUUUGGGGAGCCAGGUGGAUUAUAAAGGGACCCUGGAUGGUCUUGUGCAGAUCUGGAAAACGGAAGGUUUCUUUGCUCUGUACAAAGGAUUCUGGCCAAACUGGUUACGGCUUGGGCCCUGGAAUAUCAUCUUCUUCAUUACGUAUGAGCAACUGCGAAAACUCCCGAUCUAAGUUAUAUUCUGCAAACAGUUUCUAGCUUGUGCUGCUGCCUGGCAUUUGUGUGUUGGAGGAAGGAAGCCUUUUCUUCCACCCUUGCCUCAAGAUUUAUGCAUGAAUGUUCCUGCAUUCGAGUUCAAUGAAAUUGUGGGAAAAGAAGAUUUGUGCACUCGCUGAAGACCCACAGGAGAGAAGACUUUGCCGUCCAGUUUGAAUGUGCUCACCGGGGCAAUGACCUUCAUCCAACUCUUACAGAUAAAGUGCAACUACACAUGUAAACACACGUGUAGGCAGAUUCCAUUCCACGUACACACAGGCCUGCACACACAGGAAGGCGUGUGCUUUGUGCAGUUAACGAUAAAGGUUUGACCUCCUUGUAAACUUGAAUAUGGUUUAUCUUUGUGGGAUUGUCGUCACUUUAAAUUGCACAUGUUAGAAACCCUAAAUUAGAAAACAACAGUUCAAUAAUAGUGCUUUCCGUCUUGGCAGAUAGAAACAUAGAAAAUAGGUGCAGAGGGAGGCCAUUUGGCCCUUCGAUCCAGCACCGCCAUUCAUUGUGAUCAUGGCUGAUCAUCCACAAUCAGUACCCCGUGCCUGAUGGCUCCCCAUAUUCCUAGAUUUCGCUAGCCCCUAGAGCUCCAUCUAACUCAGUUGUACUAAUCAAAGGAAGGAUCGCUGGGGCAUUAAGAUGUGGUAAACCAGUCAGAAAAUAAGCACAAGGUAACUACUAGGUAAAUAUUAGUAACUAGGUAUUUAUAUUUCCUUGACUAUCUGGUUCUGUUUUACAGCUUCGCAAAGGAAAGGCACAAUGCCCUCCAUAUUGUUUGGGACAAAGACCCAUCAUUUAUUUAUUUGCCUCUGAACUCCACAAUUUGACAUUUGUAAUAGAACAAAUCACAUGUGAUUAAAGUGCACAUUGUCAGAUUUUAAUAAAGGCCAUUUUUAUACAAUUUGGUUUCACCAUGUAGAAAUUACAGCAGUGUUUAUACAUAGUGUUUCCCCCCCCCCCCCCAUUUCAGGGCACCAUCAUGUUUGGGACACAGCAAUGUCAUGUAAAUGAAAGUAGUCAUGUUUACUAUUUUGUUGCAUAUCCUUUGCAUGAAAUGACUGCUUGAAGUCUGCGAUUCAUGGACAUCACUAGUUGCUGGGUGUCUUCUCUGGUGAUGCUCUGUCGGGCCUGUAUUGUAGCCAUCUUUAGCUUAUGCAUGUUUUGGGGGCCUAGUCCCCUCAGUUCUCUCUUCAGCAUAUAAAAGGCAUGCUCAAUUGAGUUCAGGUGAUUGACUUGGCCACUCAAGAAUUGACCAUUUUUUAGCUUUGUUGAUUCUGGUCAGCCUAAGGUUUGGCUGAUGUCUCUAACAGUUUUAUUCUUGUUUCUCAGUCUCAUAAUGGUUUAUUUGACUUUCAUUGGCACAACUUUUGUCGUCGUUGAUAAACAGCAAUAAAAGUUUCCAGAGGUGAUGGAAAGACUGGAGGAAAGACUAGGUUCUGAGAGCUCUCUUAUACCUGCAUUAAGGAGCAUUUAAACACACCUGAGCAAAUACAAACACCUAUGAAGCCAUGUGUCCCAAACAUUAUGGUGCUCUGAAAUGAAUGGAACGUAAACCAAAGGAAUAGUUAGAUCUCAAGCCAGGCCUUGAGCAGCCAGGUUGGUGUCUCUGUUGGCGUCAAUGUCUGCCAGGCCCUGAGCUCCAUUUGGUGGGUGGUAGAGUUGAGAUGACAUGGUUGGCUGUCUGUUGCUCUGGGGGAAUUAUGUAUAAACACUGCUGUAAUUUCUACAUGGUCAAACCAAUAUGUAUAAAAAUGGCCUUUAAUAAAAUCUGACAAUGUGCAUUUUAACCACAUGUGAUGUUGUCUAUUACAAAUCUCAAAUUGUGGAGUACAGAGGCAAAUAAAUAAAUGAUGGGUCUUUGUCCCAAACAUUAUGGAGGGCACAGUAGGUGCAAUUCUUUGUGUUGUGGGAAGUUCCUCAUCCACUUUCUUUAAAUCACAGCAUAAUAUAGCUUUUGCUGCUAUGAUCCUUUUCAGAAUUUUAGAAUUUUCUGAUUCAAAAUCUAGAUUAUCCACCAAAUUUAAACCAAAAUUUAAGUUACUUUUUGCAUGUUCCUUGAGAUUAGUUCUUGGUGUUGCUUCUGCUGUUGUUUGAACCUAGCCAUUCUAGUUUGCAGCUGCAGUUAGAUUUGAAGAUAUAUUCAUGUUUUGCAUUGUCCUUCCCUCAUCCUGUGAUGGUAUUUUGGCUUCAGGGCAUGUCGGGUUACAAAUCAGAAAGGGUCAUUGCAUGCUCUGGGAAAGAAUCAGUGGUCCAGAUAUGGUAGUGUUUUCCAAUUCUACGAUCAUUAUUUCUCCUCCCUCUUCAGAGUCCAUGUUGAAACUGGAAACGCUUCAUAUGGCCACUCAUUGCUGAUGCUUGUUGCUGCAACGUUAAGCAAUCUCUGGUAAAUAUCUCCAACUAUCCCUAUAGGGCUUCUUACAGGAUCUCACCAUGCCACAUCUUCCUUUCUUCUCACCUUUCUGCAUUUCUUACUCACUCAGUGAUUCCUUGGUCUGCUCUUUUCUUUCCAUCCCUCACCAUCUUCCAAUGCAACUGGAAGAAAUGCAACAUUUGUUCUUUCCUUCCUGCUGUCUGGGACUAAAAACAUUAUUCCAAGUGAAGUAAUAAUUCCUUUACACUUCCAAUUGGUGUUCACAAUGUGGCCUCUUCUACACUGAAGAAACCAAACCCAGAUUGGGUGAAGGCUGUGUGGAACAUUUACACUCAGUCUCACUCACUCCUCCACUUCCAUUCUUCUCUGUCCAUCAACACCUCCUCCACCGCCACAGUCAGGUCCACUGGAAACCAGAGUACAACGUGCAUCUUCCACUGGCCACUCUGUCCAUCGUUUCCCAUCACCAUGUCGAUGUCCCUCUCACCCAGUCUCUGUAAAAAGUCUCGCUGAUGGUCAGUACUCAUGCUCCUGAUCACCAGACCGGUCCGACUUUUGUCCCUGUCAAGACUUUUGUCCCACACCUCCCCGUCCCCCACAGCUCUUGUUGGAAAACUGACCCAUCCACAGUAAACUGACCCAUCCACAGUAAACUGACCCCUUCCCUCUCCCCCAGUUAGGAGGAAGAGUCCAUGCCGCCAAAUGUUGACUGGUUUCUCUCUCCACAGAUGCUGCUCGAUUGGCUGGGUUUUUGUUUCAAGUUUCUGUCGACUAAUCAAGCCUUUUUCACCAUUCAGUAUGAAAGUAAAGGAAAUAUAUUAUAUUACCUUGGCUUAAUAAUCAUUCAAUUCUAUUUAAUGUUAACAAUUGAUUUAACAUUGAUUGUUGAAUAUCGAAGCCAUUACCUGUAGAACUUUUUAUUUACUUAACUCUUCAUAUUCCAGCAUCUGCCCUCUAUUGAGUGUGGUUUUAGGGUUAGCAGCUGUCAAUACCUCCAAGUUGCUUCACAGCUCUUUGCAGCUUAUGAGCUUCCAACUUUUGUACAGCAUAUACAUACAGAACAUUUGAGUGGCCAGUGUGAUUGCUGCAGGAUUACAGGUACCUACCUUCUGCUAAUGGAAACUCUGAAUGACUGAGAUCACCUUCUGUGGUUUAAAAUAUAUAAUAUAUAUAUAGCCCAAUCACCACAUGUCUAACCUGUGAACAGUUCAGGUGACAAGCAGGAACGGAAUCAUGUAAUCUGGGGUGGACCUGAAUGUCAUUUAGUUCUUGAAAACUUAAAUGUUUUCACCAUUUCCCCACCAAUCUUCUGAAUUCUAGAGAAAACAUUUCAAGUUGAUAGAAUUGAAUAUUUAGCCCCUUGGUAGCAUUGUGAUAUCCACAGCCCUCCAAGGCAACCGAGCUUUGCUUUCUCUCCAGUAUAUUGUUUAGGUUUUAGUUGCAUUACGUUUUCCAGAAACACCUUCUAAUAAUCUUUCAUUUUCCAUAUUAGAUUUGCUCCAGCUUCUGUGACAAGUCAAUGCCAUCAUGUCAUAAUUUUAGCUAUUUAGCAGAUCUUCCUUCUUGAAUGAUUACAUUGAAUUGUAUUACAAUAUGAUCACAAUCAAUUAAUGACGGCAUUGUAAGGUUAUUAUUUAGUUGAAUAUAAUUUAUUGUCGCAUGUACUGAGAUUAUCAAAAUCAAGUUCAACGCUUCUUUCAUUUGGCCAAGAUAGUUGUAAGUACGAGACAUCGUCAUUAAAAAUGUUUUGAGCUACUGAAGCUAAAUGUUACUGUACUGGUUUUGUACCUCUCGAGCCUCUUGGAGAUAGUUAUUUAGAAUCAUUGGACAAUAGUGGCAGCGCCUGUGUCCAUCCAAGGUCAAUGCAAUGCUUUCAGAUGAGCACUGGAUUUUGUAUGUUACAAUAUAUUGUUGCUAUAAUUUGCUGUUGCAGUUUUGUUAAGACUAUGUGGCAUGAUGUGAGUAAAUUCUUGACCCGACAGAGUAAAUUGAAUGGUGUGAUUCUUUUGCAGUAUGUAUUGUUAGCUACUGUACUGAGCUCACGCCAGUCAAACUUAAUGCUGCAUAGAUAUUUCAUCUGUCCUGUUUUGGAAUAGAUUUGUAAAUGUACAAAUAACUGUCCAAUUACUAAUAUUUUGAAUUGUGUAUAUAAAGAUUGUGGGGAUUGAAUGUACAAUUGGAUUCCUGGAGGAACUCAGCAGGUCAGGCAGCAUGGAGGGGAAUGGACAGAUAACAUUACCAGUCAUGUGUCUUUGGGCAUCUGUCUGCUCCAUCCACAGAUGUUGCCUAAUCUGCUGAGUUCCUUCAGUGAUCUGCUUUUUGCUCAAGAUUCCAGCAUCUAUAGCCUCUUGUGUCUCCAUCAAAUUAGAUCUGCUCUGUUCACUCUGCAUCACUAGAUCUUGUAUAAUAAUAUAAAAUAAUGAACACACAAUGUUUCCGCAUGUCAAUUGAUCACCAAUUACUUUUUUUUUAAACCCUUGCUUCAAAUAUUCUUGCCUUUUCAGUUUGACUAGUUUGUUCUACAGAAACAUGUUUCCAAAGCCUAACUUCUCAUAGGGUUGAGUUGAUGCUAUCUUGCUACUUUGUGUUAUUUCAGGGUAAGUCAAAUUGAUGAAGGCAGGACAGUAGAUGUUGACCAAAUGGACUGUGAUAAGGCAUUGGAGAAAGGUCCUACAUAGUAGCUGGUCGAAAGCAAAGCUGGCACGAUUGGAUCCAAAAUUGGUUUGUUGAUAGGAUGUACAUGGUGAUUAGUGGUGGAAUGCAUGGAGUAAUGGUACAUGUUAAAUUUAUUUGUGAUUGUAACAAGUAUGAUUAGUAGGUUUGCAAAUGACAUGUAAAGUGGUGGUUAAGAGUGAACAUUGACUUCUCUAAUUUCAGGUAGUCCCUGCUUUCUCCUCCCCUUCUCAGCUCUCCCUCAGCCCACUGUCUCCAGCAUUUUGUCUACCUUGUAAAGUGGUGGUGGUGUUGAUAGUAAAGGUGAUUGACAAAGGUGAAGAUGGAAAGCAUAAGUCAAAUAGGGGUCAGAAAUAUUGAGCAAAUGGUUGGGUGAUGAAGAAUGUUGAUUAACGGCGACUUUGGAGUUCAGUGUAAGAAGCAACAUGGUUCGCUAGAGAGGAAGGGAUAUGGCGUGCAGGCCUGCUCACUGCAAAACAGGGUAGGUGUAAUUACAGACGAGAUUCACCAGGAUGAUGCCUGCAUUGGAGCUAUAAAGAGCGAGUGGAUUGGCUGGCCUUGAUUUAAUUGAAGAGGCAGCAGAGGGGUGGCAUAAAGCGAAAACAAGAGGAUAUAGAACAACACACAAUCACAAUAAUACUUUAUUAGCCAAGUAUGUUUUGCAACGUAUAAGGAAUUUCAUUUGCCAAGUCAGUCACAAAUAAAAAGCAACAGAACACACAAAAACAUUUUAACAAACAUCCACCACAGUGACUCCUCCACAUUCUUCACUGUGAUAGAAGGCGAAAAAAAAUUCAAUCUCUUCCCUACUGAAAUCUCCAAACUCAUCAGCUCUUCCAAACCCACUACUUGCUCCCUCGACCCUCUCCCCACUCCCCUGUUGAAGUCCUGCCUCCCCGUUCUCUGCCCCUACCUCACUAAUCUCUUCAACUCCUCAUUGUCCCAAGGAAUUGUCCCCUCCGCUUUCAAAACUGCUGCUGUUUCACCAAUCUUAAAGAAACUUGGUCUUGAUCCCUCCUCUCUCAUUAACUAUCGCUCAAUCUCAAACCUCCCCUUUCUUUCAAAAACCCUGGAGCGUAUCGUUGCGUCACAACUUCAUUCCCACCUCCUUGCGUAUAACCUACUUGAACCCCUCCAAUCUGGCUUUCGCCCCCUCCAUAGCACAGAAACUGCUCUCCUCAAAGUCCUCAACGACAUCCUCACCUCUGCUGAUACUGGUUCCCUUAACAUCCUCAUCCUCCUCGACCUGAGCGCAGCCUUCGAUACAGUGAACCAUAACAUCUUGCUCACCAGACUCAAAGACCUCGGCAUUGAAGGCUCUGCACUCAGCUGGCUCCGUUCCUACCUUUCCAACAGAUCCCACUUCAUCUCUCGCCAUAACCACACCUCUGCUACAGCCACAGUCACUCAAGGCGUUCCCCAAGGCUCCGUACUCGGCCCCCUCCUCUUCAUCAUCUACAUCCUCCCCCUUGGUCAUAUACUCCGCCACUUCAACCUGGACUUCCACUGUUACGCUGAUGACACCCAGAUCUACCUCGGCACCAAAUCCCCCCCCCCCUCCCAUAUCAACUCCUGUUUGUCAGCUAUAAAAACCUGGAUGCAACAUAACUUCCUCAAACUCAACAGUGAUAAAACAGAAUUCCUCCUCAUAGGCUCCAAAUCCACACUCAGCAAAAUCAAUAACCCCGCUCUCACCAUCGACGGCACCACUGUCUCCCCAUCUCCCCAGGCCCACAACCUUGGUGUGAUCUUUGAUUCCACCCUCUCCCUUGAGCCUCACAUCCGCCAUGUCAUUAAAACCUCCUUCUUUCAUCUCCGCAACAUCGUCAAAAUCAGACCCUCUCUCACACCUCCCGCUGCUGAAAGACUCAUCCAUGCCUUCAUCUCCCGACUGGACUACUGCAACUCACUUCUCCUUGGCAUCAGCUCCACCUACAUCAACCGACUCCAACUGGUCCAGAACGCAGCCGCCCGCAGUUUUGGGGACAGAGCCUUCUCCAGGGCAGCUCCCAGGCUCUGGAACUCCCUCCCCCAACUGAUCUGCAAUUCCGUGUCCCUCACUAUCUUCCAGUUCCGCCUCAAGACCCAUCUCUUCACCUUUGCCUAUCCUUAGCCCCACGUCCCCCUCCCUUUUCAUCUGUGCUUGCAUUGCCUCAUAUUGUGUUUUGCAUUGAAUUCUGUCUCUAAUUUGUGUACUAGUCAUGUCUCUACUAUUUAUUUAAUUCCGCUUACAUGUUUUUCCCCUACUUGCUAAAUUUUUGUAAGGUGCCCUUGAGACUCUUGAAAGGCGCCCAUAAAUAAAAUGUAUUAUUAUUAUUAUUAUUGAGGGAGGCCAGAGAGGAGAUGACGGGGGGGCUCUGCAUCUUAUCUAGCCAUGGGUGACAUCCCGGAGGACAGUCGAAUGGCCAAUGUUGUUCAUUUGAGAAAGGAAGUAGAGAGAAUCCAGGGAACAAUAGGGCAGUGAGGGAAACUUGGAAAUAAUUCUUCGAAAUAGAAUUUACUCCCAUUUGUCAGAGAAUGGGUUAAUUAGAGAUAGGCAGCCCAGCUUUGUACAUGCCGGUUGUGUCUUCAGAUUCAGAUUCAGAUUAAAUUUUAAUUGUCAUUGUCAGUGUACAGUACAGAGACAACGAAAUGCAUUUAGCAUCUCCCUUGAAGAGCGACAUAGCAAACGUCUUACUAACGAUUGAGUUUUUUGAGGAGGUGAUCAUAGAACACAGAAUAGUACAGCAUAGGAACAGACCCUUCAGCCCACAAUGUAUGUGUCCAACAUGAUGCCAAAUUAAACUGAUAUAAUUUGUGUGUACAUGAUCCACAUCCCUCUAUUCCCACUAUAUCUUCAGACUGCAUUCCUCACUGUUUGCAACUUCUCUCAUGUUGAUUUCACCAGCAAAUGUGCUCACCAAUCCAUCUAGAUUUAUGUCCAGAUGAUUUAUAAAUAUCAGAAACAGCAAUGUUCCAGUAUAGACCUUUAUGGAACUCCACUGGUCACCAACCAGAUCUCCAGCCACAACCAUCUGUCUUCUAUGAAUAAGCCAAUUCUGAAUCCAUACAAUCAUCGUGAAUCCUUUACAUCUUAAUCUUCUAGAUUAGUUUACGAUGAGGGACCCCAUCAAGAGUCUUACUAAAAUCCAUGAACACAACACCCUAGCUGUUGAGGGAAGUGCAGGGAAUAAAGAGCAUGGUCAUGUUCAGGCAGAUGAGCUCAGUUAGCCAUCAAGUUUGGAACUCCGCGGGACAGGCAACAUCUCUGGAGAGAAGGAAUGGGUGACGUUUUGGGUCGAGACCCUUCAGACUGAAAGUCACAGGAAAGGGAAAUGAGAGAUAUUGACAUUGAUGUAGAUAUAGAACAAAUGAAUGAAAGAUAUGCAAAAAAUAACAAUGAUAAAGGAAACAGGCCAUUGUUUGCUGGGUGAGAACGAGAAGCUGGUGUGACUAGGGUGGGGGAGGGAUGGAGAGAGAGAGGGGGAAUGCAGGGGUUACUUUAAGUUAGAGAAAUCAAUAUUCAUACACAUGGGUUGUAAGACAGUCAGAUGUAAAUAACUUGUGUAGGAAGGAACUGCAGAAGCUGGUUUACACUGAAGAUAGACACAAUAUGCUGAAGUAACUCAGCGGGACAGGCAGUAUCUCUGGAGAGAAGGUGAAGUUUAUCCCAACAUCUCUGCACCUCAGCAUGGUUGUCUGGCAAGAAGGUGCAUUUAUUGCCUGUACAGGUCGACGCUCACACUGACUACCAUCAGACAGGUGCCUGAACCGGUUCACCAUGCUGAGUUCUUGUUUGUGGUCUUUGGUUUUCUGGUGGGAGGUAGUAGGUCAGGACACUUCUUCAGAUAAGCCCUGAAGAUCAGUUUGGGAAUUUCCUCCACUCUCAAAGAGAAAAUAACCAAAGAGCAAGUGGGGCCAAUGUCACAGAUCUGUAUCAAAGAUGUGUUCUCUAUCUGUAUCAAAGGCCCAUAAUAGAAAUCUGAACUUAAAAAUGGAAAGAUUCAACCAAAAUUAUUGCUCAAAUAUUUGAAUGUCAUGGUCUGAAGAUGAUUUCACAGUUGGUCUGAAGAUGAGAUGCUUCUCCUCCACCUUGCAUUCAUUCUAUAACAGACAACAUCAGGCACUAUGUGCACAGCAGGACAAUGACAGUCACCUACACUUGGCAGCUUGGCAAAUCAAACCGGUUCAGGCACCUGUUUAAUGGUAGUCAGUGUGAGCGUCGACCUGUACAGGCAAUAAAUGCACUUUCUUGCCAGACAAGGUAUCCUGGACAAGGAUUGGAAUAUAGUUGCUUAGCAUAUUUGUUUGUCUUGUAUUAUGGUGGUGUUUUGUUUUAUUGUAUUGUAAAUACUUUUUUAAUAUUUAAAUAAAUAUUUUUGAUUACAUUUUUUUUUAAAUAAAUAAAUUUAAAAAAAGCUGGUUACCAUGCUCUCCGAUCUGGGUCUCUGCACAUCCCUCUGCAAUUGGAUCACCGACUUCCUCAUCCACCAGACCAUAAUCUGUCCAUAUUGCUGGAAAUGUGUCAGCCUCGAUAACAAUCAGCUCAGCCCCCUGCUGUACUCACUCUAUACUCAUGACUGCAUAGCCGGACAUAGUGCAAACUCCAUCAUCAAGUUCGCCGACGACACCACUGUUGUGGGAUGAAUCACUGAUGGUGAUGAGUCAGAGUAUAGAAGUGAGAUCAACCGAUUGAUCAAAUGGUGCCAGCGCAACAAACUCAAAACCAAGGAACUGAUUGUGGACUUUGGAAGUGGUAGGAUAGGGACCCACAAUCCCGUUUAUAUCAAUGGGACGAUGGUGGAAAGGGUCAAGAACAACAAAUUCUUGGGCGUGCAUAUUUCCGAAGAUCUUUCCUGGUCCCAGCACACUGAUGCAAUCAUAAGGAAGGCACAUCAGCGCCUCUACUUCCUGAGAAGAUUAUGGAGAGUCGGCAUGUCAAGGAGGAUUCUCUCUAACUUUUACAGGUGCACAGUAGAGAGCAUGCUGACCGGUUGCAUCGUGCCUGGGUUCGGCAACUUGAACGUCCAGGAGCGGAAAAGAAUGUAGAAAGUUGUGACCACUGCCCAGUCCAUCAUCGGCUCUGACCUCCCCACCAUCGAAGGGAUCUAUCGCAGUCGCUGCCUCAAAAAGGCUGCCAACAUCACUAAAGACCCACACCAUCCUGGCCACACACUCAUCUCCGCUGCCAUCUGGAGGAAGGUACAGGAGCCUGAAAUCUGGAACAUCCAGGUUCAGGAACAGCUUCUUCCCCACAACCAUCAGGCUAUUAAUCUUGACAUCAAACAAACUCUGAACAAUGACAACCUAUUGCACUUUAUCUGUUUAUUUAUUGUGUAUAUAUAUGGUCUAUGGUAUAUAGACACACUGAACUUUUAUCUCCUGUUCCGCAUUAUGUUUACAUAUUCUGUUGUGCUGCAGCAAGUAAGAAUUUCAAUCAGUCUGAAGAAGGGUUUCGGCCCAAAACGUCGCCUAUUUGCUUCGCUCCAUAGAUGCUGCUGCACCCGCUGAGUUUCUCCAGCAUUUUUGUGUACCUAAGAAUUUAAUUGUUCUAUCUGGGACACAUAACAAUAAAACUCUGACUUGACUAGUAAUCUCCGUAACCUCUAGUAAUCAAGAAUCUAUAUAUCUCUGCUUUAGAUAUA